GGUGACGCUCUUUACAUACCUUCUGCCUACAUCUUUGCAGAGAGGGUCGUUGGCGCCUCACCGUGGAUGGGUGUGCGGGCAGGUGCUCUAGUUGCUUCAUUGUCGUUGCAAAGUGACCUAGAUUGGCUCAUGACUGGAUGGGCCAAAGAUGAUGAGGUGGUCAGACUGUUGCGAUCGUGUGUGCAAACUCAGAUGGCUGCUGGUGUGCAAAGUGGGGUCCCAUCAAAGCAAGCAGAGCAGGAGGCGCUCACCCAAACACAAGCAGACAAGCAAGAGCAGCACAAGGAUGAGCAGGAGGCAGCGCAAAGGAAGGCGGCGGAGGAGGACAAACGCAAGCAAGAGGAGCAGGAGGCAGCCCAAAGGCAGCUGGAGGAGGAAAAGCGCAAGCAAGAGGAGCAUGAGGCAACGCAGAGGAAGGCGGCGGAGGAGGACAAGCGCAAGCAAGAAGAGCAGGAGGCAAUGCAAAGGAAGGCGGCGGAGGAGGAGAAACGCAGACAAGACGAACAUGAGGCAGCGCAAAGGCAGAUGGAGGAGGAAAAGCGCAAGCAAGAGGAGCAGGAGGCAAAGCGCAAGCAAGCAGAGCAGGAAGCCAUUGCAAAGCAAGCAGCGGAAGAAAAGCGCAAGAUGGAGAAGAAUCCGCGGGAUGGGGAUGAUGGCGUCACUGAAGUUGUGGACUUGUCGUGA